AUGAAGAACCGUGCCUCAGGCGUCGACGUCGGGAUUGCGAACUUUCAUCCCUUCGUGGACCGGGCCGAGCCCGUUAAGGUCAGGGCCGUGGUCAUCCAGGACGUGACUGAACGCCAAGUGUUCACGAUGGUGGAAGAAGGCUGCGCGCUGGCGCGGGCGGCCGGCGUCGCCCUCGGCGGAAGCGGGAGCGGCGGCGGGGCGAGCUCGCCAAUGCGACCGGACGGAAGCGCCAUCAUCAUCAACAACGAUAACAGCGCUCGAGGCACGCUCGUCCUGCUCCAGCUUCAGACAGGCAGGCAGGUUGUUUGCAUCGAUUCGUUGGGGCGGGCGGUACCGCUCUGCAAUUGGGCAACGAUCCGGCGCCCCCCGCAGCAGCUUGCUGCGAGGCGGAGGAUGCUGAAGCGCAUCGUCAUGGGGAAAGAGCAAAUGGCGCCCGCCGGGACCUCCUACAGCAGCACCCGCAGCGUCGCCAGCAGCGGUGUCAGGGACAUGGGGAGCCACGCACCUCAGGAUCUGGGCGCCGUCGCUAGCCCCGCCACGGAUGUUGCCAAGCCACACCUGCUUCCCUCCGCGAUGUCGACGGUCGCCAAGCUCAACGGCGGUCCUCUCGGUGGUGCAAGGCCGGCCAUCAUGAUUGUCACGGCGACGGAGACGCUGGCGGCGGCGGUGCCGGCGGCGGUGUUGAGCCUGACCUCCUCGACACCAGUUAAGUCUUCCGCCCCCGUGUGCAAGACUGGGGGAAAGUACACCACCGAUGUGACCCCGCGACUGCUGCCGUCGUCGGAGCCAAUGUCGACGGCCGCCCCCUCCUGCGGAAGGUCCACCUCUCCCCGGGCACGCGGCGGGCGCCCGCCUUCCCCGUGUCGGGCGACGCCAUCUCUCUCCCGCUCCCCAUUUCUACAAUGCUCAGGCACAGUCGUGCGCGCGGCAGCGGUGGAUGCGUCUUCUUGGUCCGCUGCUGCUCGGCCGGCCGCCUCGAGUCUGGGAGGGGAUUUCAGCUCU